UUGACAACGGGGACAGACAGAAACAUCUCGCUCUCAUUGGAGCGACGGAGCCGAGGCGAGGUGCCAUUGGCUGUGGACUAAAACUCCAUUUUGCAAACAGCUGUUUGAGAUCUAACCUCGCCCACUGCUUUUCAAUGGGGUUGUCAAAGAAACGUCGGGCUUGACGACUCUGCUGCUGUUGUCUUGUCGUGACGGAGCCAAAGCCCUACAAAAUGACGGAACGGAGAGCGUAAGGGAAGAGAGGACAAGCGGGGAGAGGAGACGGUCCGGCCGCGGGGUAACAAGUGGAGCAAAUUCAGGCGAAUGAAGGUGGAAUGAGAAGACAGGUCAUGGGCAGAUGAUGGACGUUGAGUCAUCAUACUCGGAGUUCAUUAAUUGCGAUCGCACGGGCCGCAGGAACGCAGUGCCGGACAUUAAGGGAGAAGGAACAGCGGUGGGCACCAGCGAACUGACCAAAGACAUGGCUGAGAUGGACCUGAAGGCAGGAGAAGCCGCCGCCGCCGCCGCCGGGGCUCCUGCCACCGAAGCGGAAGCCUCGAGUAGUCAGGAGCAAGGUAAAGAAGGAGCGUCUUAAAGAUGAAGGCACUAAAAGAGGAGAACCACUACCUCCUCUCUGGUUCCACACCCUGUGUGAGGUGAGGAGCUGCUCGGACACAGGCGCGCAUCGCGUGCCUGAACGCUCUUGCGUCACUGAGAGACUCCAGGAGAAACCACUACACAGAACAUCGACACUCUGUUUUGCAUAAUUCCUGCCAUUCCUUACGGGGAGCACUGACUUGUUGAUGCCUUUUCCAUUUCGAAACUGUGGAAAAUAUGAGACCCUGGGGUCAGAACUUCAUGAUCUCGAACCGAGAAACACCAAAUAGCACACUAGUGCUGAGGAUUCCGAGUUUUUUUUUUUUCUUUCUUUUUUUCUUUUUUAAUUAAACAAUAACAGGCAUAAUUGUAACAAACUAUGGAACUAUUUAUUUCCUAAUAUUCCCUGAGGUCACUAGUUUUGUGUUUCUGUAUUACAUUAUAUACUUUACAGUGUAUGUAACAUUAUUAACGAUAUUUAUAUAGUACAUGAGUCAAAGCUUUCUGCUCAGUCAAAAAAAAACAACUGCAUUUCUUUUCUCUUUAUAUUGUACGUACCUCAAUAAAUGGGAAUGACAUUACACACAACGUUCAAGUGUUUCAUGGG